AGCCGACAUUAUAAGAAAAGUCAAGAAUCCAAUGCAGAAAAUAAUAUCAAACCACAAAAAAGGAAAGAGUCGUGUUUAUCUUUUAUUCAGACACUUCCCUCCAAUCGUUUCCCUUACUUCAAUUUCUUCAUUUCCCCCCUUACCCAAUCAUUUUGAUCUACUCUUUCCUGGUUUUUUCUUCUUUUUUGCUUUAAUGUUCCAUCUUUGAUUUGAUUCCCCCGAUAUGGGUUUUCGAAUUCAUUUCAGAAAUUUGGGAUAUAAUGAUUCAAGCAUUGAAGUCUCAGCAAAAAACUGUGAUGAUCAUGAUGAUGAUGAUGGUUGUGACGACCGUUGUGCUUCACUAUCCUGUUUCCAGGAUGAUGGUUCUAUCGCUCAUCAUCAUUCAGCGUUGCGCACCAAGUAUUUGAUAAUAAUUUUCACAGUACUUGCGGUUUCGUUUUUGAUCCUCUGUUUGUACGUUUACUACGUCAGGUAUUAUCGACGCCGAUCCCUUGUUAGGGGAAGAAGAUCGAAUGAAACGACUGAAACCCAUGAUGAGUUUCUCGAUGAAGAUCAUGGUCCGGUCGUUGAUCAUCAUGUAUGGUAUAUCAACACCGUUGGUUUACAACCGUCGAUCAUUGAUUCCAUUGCUGUUUUUAAGUACGUAAAAGGUGAGGGUCUUGUUGAAGGAACGGAGUGCUCUGUUUGUUUAAACGAGUUCGAAGAAGGUGAGACUUUAAGGCUGUUGCCUAAAUGUAGCCAUGCUUUUCACAUCUCUUGUAUUGAUACUUGGCUUAGGUCCCAUACCAAUUGUCCCAUGUGCCGAGCACCCAUUGUUUCAAACAUGGCUGAUAAAGGACCAUCAUCAUCAUCUGGGGUAAAUAAUGAAGUUACUGAAGGAACCCAAGUUGCAAUUAUAGUAGAUAAUGAAGAAUCUGAAGGAGAAACAGGAAGUGUAACAAGUGAAAUGAGGCAUAGACCAUAUGAGGAAGAUGAGAGAAAUACAGAGGAUGAAGAUGGGGUUCUUCAGCCUGUAAGAAGAUCAGUUUCUUUGGAUUCCAUGGCAGCUUCACAGAUCAGCCAAGCACUUGCUAACAAUGGUGUAGCAGAAGGGUCUAAUGGAAGCAAUUUAGAUAAUGAAUUGGGUAAAGGGAAAGAAUCAAGCUUGAGAAUUGUGCCAAGGAGAGGUUCAGGAAAUCAAGGUUUAUUGAGACUAAUGUGCAAUUCGUCCAUAGGUAGAAGAUCUUUGCAAAUUAGGCCAAUUUUCAUGAAGAGAUCAUUUUCUUGCAAUGGGAAAUUCUCUUUGCCAAUCUCAAACCGUAACCGGAAUCCUCCUUUGAGAAGCUUUUGAUUGGUGAGUCACCGCCGCCACUGCCGGUGUCUACUUUCAGGUGAGACAUCUUACGAUGUCUAGCAAACUCUCAACAAGAUGAGGGUUUGUUUUAUAUAAGCCUUUUUACACCCUUAAAACUAGAAAAAUAUUGUAAUAAAGUAAUAACCAGAACCCUUUCAUUAAUACAGAUGAUGUUGAACUUUGUAUCAUAAUAUCCAUAUCAUUCAAAGGUCUUGAUUGAAGAUUAUCAAUGGAAAUGUGCCUUUUCUUAUGUAGAAAA